UUAAUGGGAAAAAUAAAAAAUUGCCAAGAGAGCGAAUUGACAUUUUUACCCCUGAACAUGUGAAUCCACGAAACCGUCGGGCACAAAUCGUAUCUCUGUCUGAAAUUCGAAAUCCCUGAAGCCGUAAAUCACUUAAAAAAACCACUAAGAACGUAAAACCCUUAAUAAAAUGUAAACACACACACACACAGACACACAAAAGGGUAAAUACAGUUUUGGGCCAAAAACUCUGUAUCUAUAUCUAUAUAUAUAUAUACACAUAUGUGUAUAUAUAUAAAAUACAAGUAGACGAAGCCUCGGUCUUGAAUUGUCGUGCAUGCAUUUUUGUUGUACCUAUAUUCUCCCCCUCUGCAUGCGCACACGCUUUUCUCUCUCUCCUCCCCUCCCCCAAUUUCUCUCUCUAAAAAUAUAGAUACACGUCCAUGAAUCACGCAUCCUCCUCAUUUUGAUUUUAUUUUUACUGAAUUUUGACUCUAGUCUGGCAUUAGCGGAUUCGCCCACCGACCGCCGCUUCGUUUUAUUUUUUUUUACUUCGAUUUCUCUAUUCUUUCUGUUCACUCUGUUUCUCAGUCCCAGAUUCAAAAUUCAAGAUUUCAAUUGCUGUAAAUCAUACAGCAGUUCGGGCAAUUGACAAUUGUUGUUUGUGAUUUAAGGUUGUUCGUAUUCGGACCAUGCGUUUCAUAGAUUCGAAAUAAGAAAUUCAAUUCAAAAUGGGUUCGAAGAAUUGCAUGAACCAGUUGUGCCGCGCAACGACGUCGUCUGAAUGGAAGAAAGGUUGGAUCUUGAAAUCGGGUGGAUUCGCUACCCUGUGUUACAACUGCGGAUCUGCAUACGAGAAUUCCGUUUUCUGUGAAACAUUCCAUUCCGAUGAAUCUGGUUGGAGGGAAUGCAGAAUUUGCGGGAAGCUUGUCCACUGUGGAUGCAUUGCUUCAAAAUAUCUACACGAAUACAUGGAUUUCGGGGGUAUCUCGUGUUCGAGCUGUUCAAAGCGUUUGGAAAUUCAUACUCCACCUUCGAUACAGAGUCGUGGUGAUAUUCCGAGCAGCGCAUUUAUCCCCAAAAGUGGUGGUAUAAGGGAUGCUCGCCCUAUAGUCAUCGAGAAGAGAAUCGAGGAAGACAGAUUCAGCACAGAGAGGCUUCUGCAGUUGACCAAAGCCAUAGCGGUCAACGAGUUCAGCCCAGAAAGCAGCAAGCGGGCCCCGAAUCCCUCCCCACAUAGCUCCUCGGUUUUCGCGAAAAUCGAUAGUAAAAGCCAGGCAAAGCCGGGUGUUAAAGAUAUGUUCGAAUCUCAUGCUCAGCCUUCUAGAAACUUCUCCUUGACCGUACCGCCUUUGACCGGUGAGAAGAUUCUUGAAGGGGGUGAAUCGAGCAAAGAUGGGGGGCCGAAAACACGUCACGUUUUCUCGAGGCCCCCCAAACCCACCCCCUUGGGGGCUGCUCCACAAGCACGUGUUGCCAGGCCCCCAGCUGAUGGCAGGGGCCGUAAUUUGUUGCUUCCUCGUUAUUGGCCUAGGAUUACGGAUCAAGAAUUGCAGCAGUUAUCUGGAGAUUUGAAGUCCACUAUUGUACCGUUAUUCGAGAAGAUUCUAAGUGCAAGUGAUGCUGGGCGAAUUGGUCGGUUGGUCCUGCCCAAAGCAUGUGCUGAAGCGUACUUUCCUUCUAUCAAUCAAUCGGAAGGUAUACCGAUAAAGAUUCAGGAUAUAAAGGGGAAAGAGUGGAUUUUUCAAUUCAGAUUUUGGCCGAAUAAUAACAGCAGAAUGUACGUUUUGGAAGGCGUAACCCCUUGCAUCCAAAAUAUGCAAUUGCAAGCUGGUGACACGGUGAUAUUCAGUCGGAUAGACCCUGGUGGUCAACUAGUCAUAGGCUGUCGGAAAACAGCAAACAAUGUCGAUGUGCAGGAUUCACAGACGUCUGCCUUACCAAAUGAUUCUGUGGCAGAAAGAGAAACACCAAUUCCCGACAAUCUUCCUUCGAAUGGGUCGAGAGCUGGCGAUGAUUCUGGUCAGCAGCAUUUGACCUUGUCUGAAAAGAGGAAGGCGAAAAACAUAAAAAACAAGAGACUUGUAAUGAACAAUAACGAAGCUAUGGACCUGAGAAUUACAUGGGACGAAGCGCAGGAAUUGUUUCGUCCGUCUCCGUCUGCUGAAAGAACUGUAUUCGUUGUCGAGGACCUCGAAAUUGAAGAAUUUGAAGAACCUCCAGUUUUUGGAAAGAGGACGAUGUUCGUUUGUGGACCUUCAGGGGAGCAAGAACAAGUGGUUCAAUGUGACAGCUGUUCGAAAUGGCGACGAUUGCCUGUGGAUGCUCUUCUCUCUGCAAAUUGGACUUGUUCCGAUAACAUCUGGGACUCGACCAGGUGUUCAUGUUCUGCUCCAGAAGAUAUAAAUUCGAGGGAUCUCGAUAUUGUUAACAAGGGUAUGAGCCAGGAUUAUAAAAAGCGAAGAAUUUCAUCUGGAGAAGGGGAGCCAUCAGGGUUAGACGCAUUGGCAAAUGCGGCAGUACUAGGAGGAGACAACAUAGGCGAUAUGGGAGGAGAAUAUUCCGUGGGGGCCACCGCCGCCGCCGCCACCACCACCAGGCAUCCACGUCACCGCCCCGGGUGCACCUGCAUUGUGUGCAUUCAGCCGCCGAGCGGAAAGGGCAAGCACGAUCCCUCGUGCAAGUGCAACGUCUGUUUGACCGUUAGGCGUCGAUUCAAAACCCUAAUGAUGCGCAAGAAGAAACGCCAAUCGGACCGUGAAGCCGAGCUCGAGCUCGCCCUAGUGAAGAUGGAAAAUGAUAACAAUAACAAAAUAGAUAAUAAUAAAGAAGAAAACGAGGGGCAAAAUGGGAAUACGGUGGAUUUAGUGGAAGAAACGAGUAGCAAGGGGCAUAAAUUGGACUUGAACUGCGAUCCUCACCGAGAAGAUGAAGUUCUUCUAGAAGCUUCCGGAAUGAGCUUGACUGCCUUGAUGAAUGCUGCUAGCUGUCCUUUAGAUGAUAUGUAUUUGGUGCCUCAAGCUGCGAAUGUUGUUGAAGAAAAUGUUGCUGACGUGGAACCGGAGAAGAUUCGGGAAGAUGGUUAG